CAAUCCGCAAAAGAAACUUGGACAGAUGUGGAGCGACUCGGACAGUCUCCAAUUGUUGGACACAACCGAACAGCCCGUCAAGCAAAUCAAUGCGAAGGUUGCUGUAUCACUGGGCCAGCCGGUCCUAAGGGACCACCAGGUAGACCCGGUAAACCAGGUAAACCCGGCGCUGCAGGUCUUCCAGGUAACCCUGGCAGGCCACCGCCGCAACCUUGUGAACCUGUUACUCCACCACCAUGUAAACCAUGCCCACCUGGGCCACCAGGACCUCCAGGGGUACCGGGACCACGGGGUGAUGCAGGACCAGAUGGCCCACCAGGUGCACCAGGACAAGAUGGACAACCAGGUGAAAUGGGACCACAAGGGCCACAAGGACCGCCGGGUGCACCAGGACCCUCUGGACCAAAUGGUCAACCAGGAGAAAAUGCACCAGACGAACCACUCCAGCGCGGUGCUCCGGGAGAGCCAGGAGAACAAGGGCCACAAGGACCAACUGGACGACCGGGACAACCAGGAAAUGAUGGAGCAGUCGGACAACCAGGACCACCAGGUAUGCCCGGUGCUGAUGGACAACCUGGAAUAGAUGGUCAACCUGGUGCACCUGGCCCACAAGGACCACCUGGAAAAGCUGGCGAACGGGGUGUAUGUCCGAAGUACUGUGCUAUCGAUGGUGGUGUAUUCUUCGAAGAUGGUACCAGACGUUAA